AUGCAUAAUAACGAAGACAUUAUGGAUGAGUCGAUGCAAACCCAAGACAUGGAUGUCGGCCACGAAGGACAGGAGGAAGAGGUGGCCACCGAUAAGCCCAAGAGUUUGGUUCAACUGUACGCUCAAAGAGUGGAGAGAUUGGCUGAACUGAAGAGCAAAAUCGCCGGCUAUUCCACGGCUGUUAUCACACAUCCGGAGAUCAAUAUGAAUCGAUUGCGGGAUCUGUUGGCGAUGUUCGACAUUAAGGCCGACGACCCGGAGUUUGGUCUCGUGUUCUUCUCCAUCCAGAAGAUGGUGGCGUUGGCGGCGCUGGAAGUGUUCAGAGAUAUUCUGCCGAACUAUAGGCUGAAGGAGAAGAUCAACGAAGAGGAAGACGAACAGAACAGUCGGAAGAAGAAUUUUCAGCUCAAGAAACAGACCAAACGUUUGCGCGAAUACGAGAAGAGUUUAAUACAAUUAUAUCGACUGUAUUUGAAUCGAUUGCAGCGAAUGGUGGACGCCGUCAGCGCCGGUAAGGCGGCCAAAAAGUCCAACUUUUACGAAGAGAUGUUGAGCUCCCAAAAGGCCAGACAUCGUUUGGCAACGAUUGGCAUUAAAUGUAUGUCUCAACUGGUCUUAAGUCACCCGCACUUCAACUUUCGGCAACAAUUGGUUGAAGCGAUCGUUCAAAUGAUGGCUAAUAAUCGACACAAAGACUUAGCGGACAUGUGUUGCCAAACGAUGUUGAGCUCCCAAAAGGCCAGACAUCGUUUGGCAACGAUUGGCAUUAAAUGUAUGUCUCAACUGGUCUUAAGUCACCCGCACUUCAACUUUCGGCAACAAUUGGUUGAAGCGAUCGUUCAAAUGAUGGCUAAUAAUCGACACAAAGACUUAGCGGACAUGUGUUGCCAAACGGUUGAGAGGAUAUACAGAACCGACAAAUUGGGUGAAAUAUCGUUGGAAGCGGUGAAGUUGACCGCAAAACUGGUGAAACAACGCGACUAUCGAUUAGAUCCAAAGGUUUUGAAAACACUUUUGUCGCUUCGGAUUAAAGAAGUGAAACAGAAGGAAGAGUUGAAUAAGAAAGACAUGAGGAAAAUGCGGAUCCGAUUGAAUCUGAUGUCUCGCAAAGAUCGCAAACGGAAUAAACGAAUGCAAAAACUGGACAAUCAGUUGUUGGAAACGGAGGCACAAGAGAGUCAACUCCGGAAACUUGAUUUUCACACUCAAAUUCUGAAUCAAAUAUUUGUCACUUAUUUCCGAGUCUUGAAACACCAAAAGGAGCUCAUGUUUGGCGACAAUAGCCAACUCACAGACGACCACAAGUGGUUCAAAGCUCUGUUGACACCAGUGCUCGAAGGACUGUCCAAAUUCGCGCAAUUAAUUAAUGUCGAGUUCUUCUUCGACUUGAUAUCAUUGCUUUACGAAUUGAUUCGUGACAAACAUCUCGACUCUCACCAGACAUUACACUGUCUGCACACAGUGUUCACAAUACUGUCCCGCGAGGGACACGCCCUCAACAUAGACUUUCAGCGCUUCUACAGCGAACUGUACGUCAAGUUGGCUGAGUUCGGGGCCACAGCCGACGCGGCGGACGUCGAGAUUCUUCUCUCGUGUUUGAAUACAAUGAUUAUUAAACGAAAGAAACAAAUGACACACAAUCGGGUCCUCGGAUUUAUCAAACGCCUGUCCACA